GUCGCCCUGCGUGCAGUCCCGAAUCCACGAGGUCCGAAUCCCUCAUCGCCGUCCCUUCACGCGAUUCGCGCCCCCGCCACCCCUCGAGAACACCCCGAAAAACAGGAACUAAAUCCCUACCGCGAGGUUAGAAGUCCCGUUGACCGGGAAAAAAUUCGGCCCCAAUCGCCGGUGUCUGAGAUAAUUCAAAAUUUUAUCCGAAAAAACUUGAAAAUUUUGUGUGUUUUACCAUACUAUCGGUGCCGAUCGGAAAAAAAAUUGUCCCAGUCGCGAAAGAUCAAACGUCGAAAAUAGUUUGAAUUUCCGACGGAAAGAUUCAGUGAAUCGUGAUUUAGCAUUGGGAGGAUCUUUCAGUGUCGAAAAUAGUGUGGCUCCUAUACGUUAAUUUAAACUGUCGGUUUUCUAAUUUAGAGGAAGAAAAAAUACUAUACUUUUUUUGGAUCCUCCGAGAGAGUACUGAUACUUAAAUCAGAUUUGUUUGAAACUUGACGUCUCGUUGAGACAUAGGUCUUAAUUUUUUCGCCUCCAUCGAUUUAUAGUUAAGCUUUUAAAUUUGAAGUGGUGUGAAAUUUUUUUAGUGUUUCGAAAAACUCAUUCUAUUCUGUAUAUUGUCGAAGAGUGGCUGAUGUCUCAUAUGAGAGCGAAUCUUUCUCCCGGAAGUACAUAGAUUUGUCUUACGUCUUCUUUGUGUAAAUAAAGUUAUUGGAAGUUUUACGUGUUUGAUUAAUUUUCUGAGUGAUAAGAACGUGUGCUUCUGCUUUUCUUUGGAUACCUUUUGGAUCAGAUUAUAAACAGAGCUCUGUAAUCAGGAAACACCGGUCCAUGCUACUCGGGCGGGGCGGGCCGAUUCCAGACCACGCCUAGUAUGAAACGGAAAAAAGCCGGCAACUCCGACUCGAGCCGGGAUGAACUGCAGGGGCGCCCGCUCUCUCCGGCGCCGGCGCAGGCGGAACGGGCUGGUGGCUUGCAGUGAUGAGACGUAGCCACGCCCGCGGCCCCACCCACGGCCACGCCCACGGCCUAGGCUCCGCCCACGGCCACGCCCCGCCCCCGCCCCCGCCCGCCUAACGCGCUCGUAUGGAGCUCGGCAACGGCACCAUACUCGCGACACCCGGACCCAGCAUUAGCAUCAGUCUCAUCGCGACGAACGCGACCGGCCUCCCGUUCUCGACGACCGUCACCUCGACGAUCCGCAACAACCUCACCUCCAAGACCGGGCUCAUCAACUCGCACAACCACUCGGCCGUCGAGGCCAUCGUCAUCGGGCUCGUCCUCUUCAUGAUCAUCGUCGUCACCAUCGUCGGCAACAUCCUCGUCUGCAUCGCCGUCUGCCUCGUCCGCAAGCUCCGCCGCCCCUGCAACUACCUCCUCGUCUCGCUCGCCGUCUCCGACCUCUGCGUCGCCAUCCUCGUCAUGCCCAUGGCGCUCCUCUACGAGAUCUUCGGGCAGUGGAUCUUCGGCCCGCUCCUCUGCGACCUCUGGGUCUCCUUCGACGUCCUCUCCUGCGCCGCCUCCAUCCUCAACCUCUGCAUGAUCUCCGUCGAUCGCUACUACGCCAUCACGAAGCCCCUCGAGUACGGCGUGAAGCGGACUCCCCGGCGCAUGAUGCUCUGCGUGACGCUCGUCUGGCUCGCUGCCGCCUGCAUCAGCUUGCCCCCCGUCCUCAUCCUCGGCAACGAGUUCGGGGACGUGGACGGGGACGGCAUCGUCCAUUGCGUCGUCUGUCAGAACUUCGGCUACCAGAUCUACGCCACGCUAGGGUCCUUUUAUAUCCCGUUGACUGUUAUGAUAAUUGUGUACUAUAAAAUCUUCCGGGCGGCCCGGAAGAUCGUGCUCGAGGAGCGGCGCGCCCAGUCGCACCUGGAGACGAACCAUUGUUACCUGGAGAUCAGUGUUAAGAAUGGAGGCGGCCCGCCGGAGUCCAAGAUCGCCGGGACGACGGUCCCCGUGUCGACCUCCUCGACGCCCGCCGCCACCGGCAGAGGGCAGCAGCAUCGGUCGAGCACCAUCAGUACAACGACAACGUGCAGCGGCGGGGCGAACAACAACCUGGCCGUGAAGCCGACCUCGCACUGCUUCCCGACCGGCGACCGCGCCUCCAACGAGUCCCAGGCCCCAAUGCUCCGGCGCCAGUCGUCCUCCGGGUGCAUCAACAUGAAGCGCAAACUCCGCGUCGGGGGCGCCAACAAAAAAUCCAAGGCCCCCCACGCACCCCCUCCUCCAAACGGCCACCCCAUCACCAACACGAAGAAGCUCCGCUUCCAACUGGCCAAGGAGCGCAAAGCCUCCACCACCCUGGGCAUCAUCAUGUCCGCCUUCACCAUCUGCUGGUUGCCCUUCUUCGUCCUGGCGCUCGUCCGGCCCUUCCUCGCCGACCCAGCCGCCAUCCCUUCUUCCCUCUCGAGUCUCUUCUUAUGGUUGGGUUACGCAAAUUCACUACUCAAUCCGGUGAUCUACGCGACGCUCAACCGGGACUUCCGGCGGCCGUUCCAGCAGAUCCUCUACUUCCGCUGCGGGUCGCUCAACCACAUGAUGAGGGAGGAGUUCUACCACUCGCAGUACGGCGACCCGGAACCCCAUUAUUGUGUCGUCGGUAGUGCCACGACGGGUGAUGCGGUACAUAAAGAGUAUAUCGUGUCCGAGUCGGAGAGGGAACCGUCAACGAACGAGGUCCAAUUGCAGAGUAUCACUGUUAAUACUGUGAAUAACGAGUCGUUUCUAUGAUAAUCAACCGGCCUUUCGCCCGGCGCUAUUUUCACCGUCCAGCGGGGUGAUCAUUGGAAUUGAUAGACAAAGCGAUAGAUAAAGAAGACGUAGGGAGUGCGGUGCAAUCCUAUUGGUUCAAAUGGAAGUUCCUUGCAGCGGUGUGGCGUGAAUUGCGAUGUAUCG